AAAUCAAUAGACGAGAAGAUGUCGAGUAUCUUAAUGCAAUCUGUGAUUCCUAGGCACACCCAUUUUAUCGCGUUUUCAAAACGACAUUGUUUCACUACUACAACCAUUGCCACUUCUCGUGGCAGCCAGCUGGCCCGAUGCUCGUUGCAAAUUGAACGACGAACAGGAGGUUACCAGCCUAGUCUUUGGGAUUUCAACGCUAUUCAAUCGUUCGACCUUGAGUACACUAAGGUAAUUACGAGAGAGGCAAUUAGCAAGGAGGCAAGUCUGAUUGAGCAAGUGAAGAUGUUGCUUAUGCAAGAACAACGUUUGGAGAUGAUUGAUGACCUUCGAAGACUAGGUAUAUCUUGCCAUUUCCGCGAAGAAAUCGCUCAAAUAUUAAACUCCGAGUAUUUGAACAAUGAUCAUGAAAGGGAUUUGUACUCAACAGCUCUUCGAUUCAGGCUUCUUAGACAACACGACUUCACCGUCUCUCAAGAAGUGUUUGAUUGUUACAAGAAUGACAAGGGUACUGAUUUUGAGCCAAGCCUCUGCGAGGAUACCAAAGGAUUGUUACAGCUCUACGAAGCUUCGUUCCUAUCAGUACAAGGCGAAGAGACCCUCCAACUAGCAAGAGAAUUUGCUACUAAAUCUCUGCAGAAAAGAGUAAAUGAUCGUGAAACCGAUGAUGGAGACAUUAAUCUCUUAUCAUCCGUGGAAGCUGCGUUGGAGUUCCCUUCUCACUGGAUGGUUCAAAUGCCAAAUGCAAAAUCCUCCAUCGAUGCUUACAAGAAGAGACAUGACAUGAAUCCAAUUGUGCUAGAGCUAGCCAUAUUGGACAUCAACAUUGUUCAAGCACAAUUUCUACAAGAACUCAAAGAGACCUCAAGAUGGUGGGAGAGUACUGGGCUUGUUCAAGAGCUUCCCUUCAUUAGAGAUAGAAUAGUGGAAUGCUACUAUUGGACGACCGGGAAGGUUGAACGUCAUGAACAUGGCUUUGAGAGGAUAAUGCUUACCAAAAUAAAUGCUCUUGUUACAACUAUAGAUGAUAUAUAUGAUGUUUAUGGUACUCUUGAAGAGCUCCAACUAUUCACAGAUGCUAUUCGAAGAUGGGAUAUUGGAUCAAUUGACCAACUUCCCCCUUACAUGAAAGUAUGUUAUCUUGCGCUUUACAACUUUGUUAAUGAGAUGGGAUACUAUACUCUCAAGGAUAAAGGCUUCAACUCCAUCCCAUUUCUGCGGAAAACGUGGGUUGAUUUGGUCGAGACAUAUUUGAUAGAGGCAAAUUGGUACCACAAGAGGCAUAAACCUAGCUUGGAAGAAUAUAUCAACAAUGCUUGGAUAUCAAUUGGAGGUGUCCCCAUUUUAUCCCACCUUUUUUUCCGACUAACAGAUUCGAUAGAGGAGGAGGAUGUCGAAAGCAUGCAUAAAUACCAUGAUAUUGUCCGUGCAUCAUGUACGAUUCUAAGGCUCGCUGAUGAUAUGGGAACAUCAUUGGAUGAGGUGGAGAGAGGCGACGUGCCAAAAUCAGUUCAGUGUUACAUGAAUGAAAACAAUGCUUCGGAAGAAGAGGCGCGAAAGCAUGUUCGAUCACUGAUAGAGCAGACAUGGAGGAUGAUGAAUAAGGAAAUGAUGGAUUCUCCAUUUUCAAUAUGUUUUGUUGAAGUGUGCGCUAAUCUGAGUAGAAUGGCACAGUUCAUAUACCAGAGGGAAUGUGAUGGAUUUGGCAUGGAACACUCAUUGGUGAACAAACAACUUAGAAGCUUGUUGUUCGAUCCCUAUGAAUAACAUGUGAUACGGAUAUAUUCAUAUAUUGUAAGCAUUAAUUUAGUUAA